GGAUCGUUUCUUUCCUACCUAGGAGCAACUUGGAGCGCUUCAAGCAAAGAAAGAAAGAACUUGUCAGUGCGACUUUGACUGGGCUGCUUUUCAACUGAGCCGUCCCCGAAAUGGUGGGGCACCUACAUUUACAAGCGAUGGAUGAUAGUCUGAAAGGAAAGAACCGGGAAGGGCUGCUCGACAGUCCGGAUUCGGGGUUGCCCCCCAGUCCCAGCCCGCCCUUCUGCUCCCUCUCCCCGGGUCUGAUCGAGUCGCGCUCCGGCAGCUGCACGACCCCCGUCGAAAGCCAUCAUGGAUAUUAUAAAAAGGAAAGCAGAGACGGCAAACUGCUGCCCUACUUGCUGCUGAACUCCACAGGAACAGACCUAAAAACUCGCAGGUACCCCGUGUUCUUUGGAGAAAGCAUUGAAGUCAACCCCAAACCAGAGCAGGAAAUCAAAUGUAGCUCCGAGGUCAAGUACAACUCCGACAAGCAUUACCGGGACCGGGUUUACUGUGCCCCCAUUCCCACGGCCACCUCCUUCAGCGAGACAGUGGUGGCAGUGCAGAAUUGCACUUGGAGGAGCUACAAGUCCCAGGUGUACCUGGAGCCGCGGCAGAGGCCCAUCAGCUACCAGAGCACCACCAUCAUCUACCCGAAACAUGCCAAGAACAUUUAUCGCACCACGCUCAACUACAAUGCUACAGGCUCCCGCCGCUGGUUUGUCUCCACGGUGCAGCUGGAAUCAAGUGAAGAUACUAGUCCCUGUAUCAUCUACACAGAGGACUUGUAGAGCCCAGACCAGGCCAGCCUGCACAGGGGAGAGGGCUGCCUGGUGAUUAUCUUGUUUUUGUGGGGGGUGCAGGGGGGAGGACAGGAAACUUGGCAAGGCUCAUAAUGAAAGGAAAAUACUUCAAGUAAUACCCGGACCCCUAAAAGCUCUGCUCUGUUCAUCUUUACUCACCACGGAGGAAACUCUGGGAACCCUUUAGUGACCUCUCAUCUGAGCAUAUUCAGACUUUCUACUGAUGUAGUCUUUAAAAAGGGAGGUGGUCUUCUUGCAGUUUAAAGCUGCACUUCAUUGGUUAAUCAAUGUCUUAUUUAAUACAAGGGCUGACAAACUGGCGGUCUUUGUGCUGCUUUAGGUUGGACUGUAACCUCAGUGAAGGUCAUGAUCAGAUGGUCGAUGUCUGUGUAUGCAGAGAAGAGUCAAAGUGACGUGUGUCAUGGAUUUCAGCGCAAACUGAUUUACACCAAUGCAAAGCUUUCUAAUAUGGCUUUAUUGCACUUGUUUUUCAUAUAUCACUGUCAUCUCAAUGGACUUGACAUUGCAGGGGGGGGAUUUCAGUCCUGCAUUUGAAAAACUGGACCAAAGAUAGUUUGAACAGUUUCUGUCUUUGUGCUAACUCCACACACAAAGACAUAACACUUGUUUUUGUUUUAGUUUUAAUUAAAAUAGUUAAAACACACACAACAGCAGCUCAUCUAGUCUGGAGAUUUCUAGGUUUUGAAAGUUUUUCUCUGCAACAUUUGGUUGUAACACCUGAAUGCAGUUUUGGUUCUAACAACCGUUAAACUUAACUUUCUUGUUCAGCCUCCAAGAAGGGUUAGAGUUCAGGAAAAAACAACCUCAGUUAUUAUUAAUUAAGAGUUUAAUGCUUAGAAUCUUAAUUAAGCUGCUCCAUUAGGACUAUGGGCAUAGGGCCACAUCAUCUAUAGUUAUAAGUUGACUGAGAGCAUGCUUGCAUGUUUUCUGGACCUUUUAAAAAUGCCGGCAAUCAUUGUAUGGUUUGCUCCCUUCAGUGAGUAUAACAGUUUGCUUUUAAUCUGCUUUGGUGCCAGAUGUUGGAGCUUGUCACCAAAAAAAGAAGAAGAGAGAGAAAACCAGUCAGUCAGAGGGAAGUGUUUGACAGUUUGUAACACAUCUCUGUCACAGCUCUUGGUACAGAACAGCCUGAUGCAGCAGCCAACACCUGUAGGCUACUUUUCCACAAGUCAAAAACCAGAGCUAUUUCCAAAGGUAGUUUGUCUGGAUGUUUUAGUACAAGCAGUCAGUGAAGCACUGCAGUGUUAGCCUUUUGAAAUAAAGCCCAGUCUUCUCUGUUGGGUUGCACCCGCUAUUUGUAAAUCCAACAAUGGGUUUGUGUGUGAAUUAACCAGUAGUUAGCUCCAAACUAGUGAGUUACUAAAUCAUGUUGCACCUUUAAAACUUAAGGAAUAUCUUAACUAGUAAAGUCUCUGUAGCAUCGCAACUUAAAUUUACAGUUUAAGGGGAGCAAGCCGCAUAUUCAACUCUACUACUAACUAAUCCUUUGGGAUUUUUGUUUUGUUUUAGUGCAUACAUGGAAAAUGUCGGUUCUUCAGUGUCAGUAUUCACGCAAUAUCUGAUUAUGCUAACCUAGCUAUUGCUGUUUGCAUUUUAAUCUGAGAUUAUUAAUGUAACAUUAAGUAAUUUGAAGCAUGUUGUUACCUUAGUGAAACUUAAUUUGGUGUCAGGUCAGAUGUCAUUCUUUAGCAAGCAGUUGGCUCAGUUAGCUAUGUAACGUCUGCGCCUGGUUGAUGCUGGGUGUACACUGGUUAUUUAAUAAUUGUGUAAAUGUGUAACUCACUAACAAAAAACCUAAGUUGUAACUGGAUUUGAACUUACAAACAACUGGUGCAACUGAGUGUUUCCAGUUGUUUUCAGAUAUCACCAAAUUGUCACAUUGGGCAGUUUGUGAUCCAAAGUAGUACAAGAGGAUUCUGUUAUUACCAACAUGUAAAAAGUGGAGCAGUGAAACCACAUUAGAUUUUCCUGUUCAAGAUGUAUGAUAGAUUUUUAUUGAGCAUUUUCAUGACUUUUUUUAAUGUCUGUCAUAUAUAUACGUUUAAGAUUACUGAACAUGGCAAAUAUGAAACUUAAGGUUUUACCUCAGAAUUUUUUAGGUAUCACUUUUAUUUUAUUGCAAAUUUGUAUUCCCAAUUUUCGGUUGAGGUCUUGAGCUUCUGAGCUUGUUUUAUUGUAUAGUCUGAAAAACCCUCCUGAUAAGUGUAGAGUAGAAAGGACGUGGAGGGCACGAAGCGGAGGCAGUGCAUCAGUACUGUAAGAUGGGUUUUAAUAAGGGAACAGCAAGUAGGAAUACAAAGAGCAAGAGAGGGAAAAGGCGCAGAAGAUAUAUAUAUGAGAUGAGGAAAUUGUUCUUGAGAUGGCUUUUUUACAAACCAGCAGUGCCUGGAAACAUGUUGGAGAGUUGUGCUAUGUUUUUGAUGGUCUGUGAAAUGUCAGAGAGUGAUGAGAGAAAGUCGGUGGGUGUCAAAUCGGUUGUUGUAUGUGAGAUACUUUGUGUUUCCUUACACUUGAUUUUGUUACUGUAAGUAUUUUCCUGUUGUAUAUGUGGCAUCGAGGCACUUCAUAAUUCUCUUUAUAUUUUUGUACGUCAAUCAUCGUUUCUGUUCUGAUCAAAGGAAAGUAAUUUAAAAAGAUGUAUAUCCCGAAUGAAUAAAGAAAAAAAAAAUUCCCA